CAUAGCGCCCUCAUUUUUUUGUGUUGGUGCAAUAAUUAAAAACACAGUCCACAUGUACGUCAUGCAUGUCCAACACGAACACCACUAAGCUUUAAAAGUACCCCGACCGAAGAUCGAAGGAACAACUCAAGCGUAGAGUUCUGAAUUGCCAGAAUUAUAGUCAGCAUUGAGGAUGCACUCCAAGGCUUCCCAAUGAAGCUGUCAGUGUCGGCACUUUUUGAUCCGAAAUGAGGAGAAUAUUAAUUAUCCGCACCUCAAACUCAUUAAGGCACCUUCUUUCACAUGACAAGGUGUGAACAUUAUUCAUCGAACCAGAGUGGUCAUCGGAAAACUAGUUUUUUCACCUUCAGGUUGAUUUGUAAAGCCAUGUGAACCAAGCUGCUAAAACAUAAUGGCAAAUUAUUAUUUUGUUGGACUUAGUACAAUUGUUGGUUUGACAAUCUUAUCUCUGCUGUACGAUUCCUUUGACAUGGAGAUGUAUAUGUGUAAACGGGAGGAAACGGCACCACACGACACCACACGAGAAUUCACAUCCAAGAAUGUUACUUUUGAUAUCUACGGGAAACAGUGGAAAGAUGUCAUUGUUUUCGUGCAUAUCCAGAAAACAGGAGGGUCCAAUUUCGGUCGACACCUCAAGGCAAACCUCAUGUUGGAGAAGCCUUGUGUUUGUCAGCGCGGCAUAAAGGCCUGCAACUGUUCUCGUCCAGGGAGUGAGAACGAACAAUGGCUGUUCAGUGAGUACUCUGUCGGGUGGGCGUGUGGUGUCCAUGCGGAUUGGACUGAAAUGGUCAACUGUGUUCCGUCGAUGUUGGAUAAGUUUGAAAAUGUCAAGCAGCAGACAUGGCAGAGACGAAGGUAUUUCUAUGUGACAGUAUUGCGCGAGCCAUUUGCACGAUUCCUCAGUGAGUGGCAACAUGUCCAGAGGGGGGCCACCUGGUUCAGUUCACUCCACAUGUGCGACGAACAUGUCCCUACGGAAGAGGAGUUACCACUAUGCUACAAAGGUGCCUUGUGGGAAAAUGUCUCGCUUGAUGAAUUCUUGUCUUGCCCCUUCAACUUGGCCUCAAACCGCCAGACGAGAAUGCUUGCUGACCUCACUAAAGUUGGAUGCUACUCGUCAUUGUCCGACACUGAAACUAAAGCAAAAAUGCUCGAAAGCGCCAAGGAGAAUUUAAGACGGUUUGCGUUCUUUGGACUUUUGGAGAACCAGUUGGACACACAGAUGUUAUUUGAAGACACCUUCAAGUUGAAGUUUAAGAAAGAUUUUGAUCAGCGGAAUGAUACAUACGCGGCUAAGAUCAAGAAGGAAAAUUUGACAGUGGAGCAAAUUCAGGGAAUCUAUGACAUCAACGCCGAAGACUUUCUUUUGUACGAUUACGCUCGGGAUCUUUUCAAAGAGAGAGUCUCGGCAAUGAGAGCACGAAGGAAAAAAACACUCCCAUCUUGAAUUAUUAAUAGAAUGCAUUAUUUUUAUAUUUAGCGAAAUACCCAUCUGAAUUUUUUCUGUAGAAAAGAGAGAAAGAAUAGGUUCUGCUUGAUUUGGACAACUGGGCAUGCAGUCAAAUAUGGUGAGAAAUAUUGAUAUUUUUUGCGCAUAUUAUGCAUUGAGCGUAGAAACGGUUUAAAUUAAUCGAUCAUUUCAUGUGUAUACAUAAUAAUAUAAAAUUCCACAAUCAAGAAACUUGCCAGUUCUGUAGAAAUUUGCAUUAUUUUACUCACAACACAAGCUGUGGAAUUAGCCGCCACUGUUCAUCGAUUAUAGAAAAUUCAGUAUUAUAAUUCAAAUGGGACUUUUGUCAAAAAAAAAAAAAAGGGUUUAAUUUGAAUGGGCUGCAUGUACAUGCCCUUGUUUUCCCCUGCUCUGAACUGUAGAAUUGGUCCAUUGUGGUAGAUCUACAAUAGACCGAUCCACUAAGCUCCGCCCCAUUGUGUUUUGACCAAUCACAAUGCAACGUAGGUCCG